AUGUACAACUUCCUAAAACAUCUUCGCAGUACCUCGUUUGAGCGUGAAUGUGUAGUAGAGACCUUUGAGGUUACGUCACUCUAUACGAACGUUUCAAACGAUGCAGCGAUGCAAGCUGUUCACGAACUGCUCACGCAGCGCCAGGCUUCAUUGAACAUGUAUGGAUUGAGCAUUAGGCAGACCAUGACACUGAUAAAUGAAUGCCUGAAUUGCUCUACUUUCCGAUGGUCGGGACAGUACCACCGACAAUGUAGAGGCCUAGCUAUGGGACAAAGGCUGGCACCCGCUCUUGCCAUUGUUUUCAUGGCCAAGAUCGAAAAGCCUAUAAUAGACCGCAAACCACUGCUGUAUUAUCGCUACGUAGAUGAUUGUUGCGUCGUCUACUCAACACAAGCAGAACUAGACACGUGCUGCAAUCCUCUCAACCAGCAGUGUCCGCACAUUAAGUUCACAAGGGAGAGACCGAUAGACAACUGGUUGGCUUUCUUGAAUGUACACAUUUACUUGCGAGUAGCCAGGAAAGAACAUGGUCUGUAA